AAACUAAAAUAAUGUCUAAUUUAUAUUUAUUACUAAUUAGCUUGCUAACAAUUUUUAGCACAAAUGUUAAUGUGGUUAUUUUGUUAGAUGAUAAUAAUUUAUUUCAUACUAAUGGAACAAUUUUAAUAGAUGAUAAUCCUAUAUCGAAAAAUGUUAUCUACAUUUGUGGCGGUUUAGUAGGCGGUUCUAGUUAUUCAUCAAAUUGUUAUAAAUAUGAUACACAUCACGGAGUCUGGCAAUCGAUGCACUCAAUGACUACAUCGAGAAGUUAUUACGGUUUGGUUUCGUUUAAUAAUAAACUCUAUGCUUUAGGAGGUUAUAAUGGUUUAUAUUUGAAUAGUGUUGAAACAUACGAUAUCCUAAACAAUACAUGGACUACAAUGUCAUCGUUGAGAAUAAUAAGCGGAUUUAUUGAUGCAGCUGUAUUUAAUGGCACAAUAUAUGUUUGCGGUGGAAAAAAUAAUAAAUAUUACAAAACAUGCGAAUACUAUGCGCCCGAUUCGGAUGAAUGGUAUAUCGGUACACAAAUGUCUACCGAACGGGACGGUCUGGCACUGGUAGCCCAUAGCGAUGGUUUCCUGUACGCUAUUGCCGGUGAAAAUUCAAACGGUUAUCUAUCGACAAUGGAAAGAUACGAUCCUAAAACACUGCAAUGGUUCGGUAUGGGUAAUAUGCAACAAACAAGAUGUCGUUUUGGUGCGGCAUCAUAUAUGGGUAAAAUUUAUGUUUGUGGCGGUGCGGGUAGUGGUGACGGAAAAACAUGCGAAACAUAUGACCCGAAAACAAAUAUAUGGUCACCUAUUGCAUCAAUGACUGAUAAACGUUUAGAUUUUAAAUUAUUAGUUUUCGAUGAUAUAUUGUACGCUUUUGGUGGAUCUUCAAAUAUUAGUACAGUGGAAAUCUAUGAUUAUAAAUCAAAUCAAUGGUUUUAUACGACAUCAAUGCCUACUAAACUUAAUGGUUAUGGGGUUGCUGUUUUAACAACUCCAUAA